CUUUCGCAUGCGGCUGUGCAGCCCUGGCAACCGCGCAAACGUAAAUAAACGCACCCCCACCUCCGGUUUUCAAUUUACCAGCGACCAAAGCCGCCGGCAUGAACUAUUUUCCCAACUACUACUCCAUCGAGGACAUAUUCGUGACCCAGGAGAAGGUGGAAUGCCGGGUGAACACCAAGCUGCAGCGGAUGGGCUUCCUGGACUCCGGCGCCGAAUCGGAUGAUCUGGAACCCGGCCGCACGGUCAACCUGCCGCUGUGGUACAUCAAGGAGCUGAAGGUGAACAAUGCCUACUUCACAGUCUCCGUGCCGGACAUCUAUCGCAACGUGCACAAGGCCGUCUGCGAGGCGGAGACCACGCAUAUCGAGCUGGGGCGCCUGCAUCCGUAUUUCUACGAGUUCGGCCGCUACCUCACGCCCUACGACCGCAACCACGUGAUCGGGCGUAUCAUCUUCGAGACGUUGCGACAGCGCGUGCGCCACCUGCUCGACAUCUCCAAGAGCGACGGCCAGGCGGCCAAGGCGGAGCACCGGCUGGACAACAUCGAGGCCAAGCUGCACGAGGCGGGAGUGCGCACCAACAGCCAGUACAUCGAAUGGCUGCAGAUGACGGGCAACAAGAUCCGGACCUCGGAGCUGGUGGAGGAGCAUCAGAAGAAGCGGCGUCGGGCGGACCGCAGCGAUGACGAGAGCGACGUGCUGCCCAACAGCAAACGGGCCACCUUGUGACCCCUCCCAGCACAGUAAACCACUAGAGGCUCUGAUGUCUUGGAACUGUAGCAACUUUAUUUCGUCCAUUCUUUUUGGUGGCCAUAGGACAGCCUCACCUCUCAAAAAUACACUUGUUCUACGCACUGGGCUACAGCCAAUUUGUACAGUUCAAAAACACAUGGGCUCGCAUACAUCUACACAUAACUAAGCAUCCAAUCUGGGGCAUCCAAUCCGGGCUUAAGCUAAUCUCCUAGGAUCUGCCGGUCCGCGCUUUCCAUGGACUUGGCAAUAAGCCAAACAACCGCGCAUCCAUAUACGAUUUUGCGCCACAUUAUUACAUAUAAAUAGUUAACUACAUAUAUAAUUAUAAUCUUGUAAGCUCAAUUAAAAUUUGAUUUUGUGCUAGUUUCACAUACAUUUCACGAAUAAACAUUCACCAAUGUCAGCAUACAUAGGUAGUUCGUAAAAAGCAACCAAUAGGACUUCAUUCUAUUCCAGGGACCGUAAUGCUCAUAAGUUUUUGUACGUCUGGAUUGUGCUUUUCGUAUUUUGGAAGAGUUUGGUUAUAUUUAUUUCUAGGUUUAGUUAACUAAACAAGUUAGGUUUGAGCGCAAAGUUUAGACAAAAAAUUUAUAACUGGUAAAUUAAUAGUGUAUAGUAGUUUCUUGCAAUUAUUUAUUUGAAAUGAAAUAAAAAUGUUCUCUUUCGAA